CACUCUAUUGUGCGACCGCGGUUUGGUCAGACCGAGUAAUAACAAACAGCUGAAGCAGCGUCGAAGCACAGCGGCAAAAGAUGCUCGCCAAGCUCAUUUUCCUGGCCGUCAUCGCCUGCGCCAUGUCUCAAGUGCUGGUCUACCCAGGCGGCGGCGGCGGCGGCUACGCACCGCAGCCCUACCACUUCAGCUACGACAGCGUGAACCCGGUGGAGGGCGCCCACCAUUACCACGAGGAGACCAGCGACGCCACCAACUCGCGUACGGGCUCGUACGGCUACACGGACGCCAACGGCAUCACGCGUCGAGUCGAUUACGUCGCCGACGCCGGAGGAUUCCGCGCCACCGUUACCACGAACGAGCCCGGAACAGCAGCCAGUGCCCCCGCAGACGUGCACUUCAACUCACCCUACUCCCACUAAACUAGGUUCUGGCAGCACACUUUAGAAG